CUGGAACACUCACCUCACUGGUAUCACUAUCACCAUCUUCUCCCACCGUCUAACAUGGCUAUCGACAAGAUCAACGUAUCGGGCGACCCUCGCGUUCAGCGUCAGUCUGCCGAGAUUAAUGGCAAAACUUACGGCUAUCUCCUCGCCCAGCCAGAGUCGGGUAACUACAGCGCCACGGUCGUGCUGAUCCAUGGCUUUCCGGACAUCUCUAUGGCAUGGCGCUAUCAGAUUCCUCUCUUCCUUGAAAUGGGACUCCGCGUCGUAGCCCCCGAUUGCAUUGGAUACGGACAAACAGAUGCCCCCGAGGACCUCUCGUUAUAUUCCCAGAAGAACAGCGCGGAUGAUAUCAAAGCUCUGGUUCAUCAUCUAGGAGAGUCGAAGAUCAUCCUUGGUGGCCAUGAUUGGGGCGCUGCGCUGGUAUACCGCAUCGCACUGUGGCAUCCGGAGAUUAUCAUGUCGCUGUUCACCGUGUGCGUGCCGUUUAUGCCUCCGUCGGAGAAAUUCAUACCUCUCGAGGACGCCGUGAGAACCAUUCUCCCGAACUUCGCGUACCAGCUGCAGUUCAAAGACGGGGAUCUCGAAUCGGUCAUCCAGACAAGGGAGGAUAUCAAGAACUUCCUAUCAACCCUGUACGGUGGACGGACGGACGAAGGAGAACUUGCCUUUGCGGUUGAGAAGGGCGUCUUGCUGGACAAGAUGGGUCGAGUUAAUCCGUCUCCAUUGCUGUCGGAAGAGGAACUGGAAUACUAUACCAACGAGUUCUCACGGAAUGGCGUCCGCGGACCCUUGAACUGGUACCGCACCCGCGAAAUCAACCAUAACGACGAGCUCGCCAUUCUCGACCGCCGAAUCACCUGUCCCGUCCUGUUCAUCCAGGCGCAGAGGGACUCGGCCCUCCCGCCCCAUCUGGGCCGGGGAAUGGCGAAGACGAUCCCCCAGGCGGUCGUUGAGCAGGUGGAUACCUCGCACUGGGCACUGUGGGAGAAGCCGCAGGAGGUGAACGAGAUUCUGGCCUCGUGGUUGAAGGGGUUACUUGGGCAGGUCAAGCUGUAG